GGCUUGUCUUACCAGCCUGGCCUCUCUUUUGAUGGAAUCUUUUGGCCCACAUUUAAAGUUAUUGAUCUGGUUGGAUGCACGCAUGCCAUUUUACUUUUGUUUUCUUUAUGCACGUCUGUUAUCUUUGUUCCUUGUGUAGAUGGAUGAAAAUGAAUGUUUUCUGGUGGGCAUUUGUGUUUUCUUUCUAGCAGUUGCUCUAGGUUUCACCGUAUGCACUGUAACUUAGUGGAAUCGGCUUUGUGGUGUGUAAAUGGGGUGACUGAUCGGUCAGGGGCCCCCACAUGUGGGGCGGCAGUGGCGUGGAAGCCAGUGGCCCUGGGCGUGAAAAUUCACCUGAGGCCAAACCCAGGAGCUGGAAGGGGAACCCAGGAGCUGGAAGGGCGCAGUGCAGGAGGGGCUGCUGGGAGGCAGUGGGCGGGGCUGCGGGAAAGCGGGAAGAUGCGGAGGUGUGGCCACCAAUGGGAUUCUCCCUUUUUGGGGACCUGUGCCGGUUGUAAGUAGCCCAUUGGCCAGUUGGGGCCUAUGGCUAUUUCCGGGGGCGGAGUCGCCUCGUGGGUCUGUUUUCAGACAGGUGGGUGCUGGCGCCCUUUCUGCACCCGGUUGCUCCAGCCUGUUUGCCUAAAAGCGGCCUCUACAAGCUCCAGAUUUGUCGUGAGACCUAAAAAUCUCACAGGUGAAGUGCGGUCUUCGGUGCGCCUGAGAGCCCGCCGUCGCUCAGCCAGGUUGGCCUCUGCUCGGGAAGCCAGCAUCGCCACGUCUGCCAGGACGGUAUGUCAGGUGCCUCAGGAAGCAGAAGGCCCCGGUGGGUGUGUGUCUAGAUUCUUCCCCAACCGCCAGUUUACAUCGUGUCCCUCCAAGGGAGACAGUGACGUGACCCCAUCGUGCAAGUUGUGGCAACGACGUCUCUUGCUUAAGACUUCCUCAUCACACAAAGCCGCCGACAGGCGAACUUCCAAGAAGUUCAAGUAUGACAAAGGUCAUCUUGUGAAAUCAGAAUUACAGAAACGAGUCCCCAAGAGCGAUAGUGCUGCUCUGCCCAAGAUACCACCCGAGCGCCCCUGUGACAGUGACCCUCUGGGGUUUGCCAAAGAGCCCACGGCGCCUCCAGGAAGGGGAGCUGGUGCCCCGACAGAGCCGGCGGCCACGGGCGGCCUCCUCGGGCAUGGCACCGCUGUGGGCGACACUCGCCCCGCAGAGACUGAAGACGGCCCGUCCCCGCCGGCAUACGGGCCCCUCACGGGAGAGGACCCCCACGGCAGCCGCCCCGCACGGGGCGGGGCGGCACUGCAGACGGAUGACAGCGUCUUUCUGGACGAGGACAGCAACCAGCCGAUGCCGGUGGGCCGGUUCUUCGGGAACGUGGAGCUCAUGCAGGACCUUCCCCCGGCGUCUUCGUCUUGUCCUUCAAUGAGCAGACGAGAAUUCAGGAAGAUGCAUUUCAGAGCCAAAGACGAUGAAGAUGAUGAUGAUGGUGCAGAAGUGUAGAGAAUAAAACACGAAUUUGACAGUCAGUAGUAGUCUGACAGUUGAGCAAGUUCUGGGAUUCACACGACCUUAUCUCCCAAGAAAACGUGUCCUUGACCACACGUUGAAGCUGACCCACGAACGCCCUAGUGCAGAACGCCAGAUACCUGCAGCAUGGACACGUGUGACCCAGAACGUUCUCCGAGAUCGUGCGGUUUCUGAUAUCCGUGUGUGCGGACGAUGGCUUGAGUCCCCUGAGGGGGCUGGGAGAUCUUUCUAAAGAAAACUGCUCACUUAAGCUCUUUAGUUUUGAUAACACAUGCGUUUAUUUUCCAUUAUCAAAAUUUGAUCAUUCUCAUGAUUGAGUCAGUGCCAGUUCUUAAAGAACUCUCCUUCUAUUUCUGUACAUGAAGCUAAUGUUUACCUUGGGAAUUUUGCAAAACACAUACGACUAAGAAAUAAAAUAUAUUUUGGAAGUA